AUGAAGAAAUAUUUUUAUCGUAAAAUAUUUAAUAAAACAGGAAUUCAUAAGAGUUUAUUUAAUUAUUGUUGUUGUAAUCAUAUUUUUGAAGAUUUUUCAUCGAGAGAUAUUCACAUUCUCAAGAUGCUUGCUUUUGAAAUGCCCAAAUGUAAUGUAAUAAAGUACAAAGGGGAAGUAAUCAUGAGUAAAACACAAUAUAAAAAAUCAAUAAGAAAAUACAUUCGUAUAAUAAAAAAUAAUCGUAAAAGGAAGAAAUUCCAAGUAGCUUACAAUAAAAGCAAAGUUCCUAUUCAAGAAAAAUUGUAUAGAAAACAAAAUAUUAUUCCAAUCUUCCAUUUUGGUAAACAUAAUGUAAUAAACCCUAAGUUUACACAAGUUAAUAAAAUUUAUACUCCAUAUUCAUUCUUAUUAUUAAUUUUUGUGGAAUAUAAAUAUAAAAUGUAUAACAAUUCGAAAGGUGUUCAAUACAAUGAUAUAUUUCUGAAAAUAAAACAACCAAGUUUUAAAGAAAUAAUUAUUGUAAAUAUUUUUCUCUUUACACCAAAUAAAUACAUUUGGAACAUAUGCAGGAUGAAUGAAAAUUCAAGUAUUAAUGAAAAUACUCUUGAAAAAAAGAGCAUAUGCGAAAAAAAAAAAAGUGUAAAUGUAUUUAAUACUGUUGACGUAAGUAAAAAUGCGAAAUUCAGUGAAGGUAUAAGUAUAAAUAAAAAUUCUAAUAUAAGUAAAAAUUCGAAUAUAAAUGUAAAUACAAAUAUGAAUGUAAAUGGAAAUAUAAAUGUAAAUACAAAUAUAAAUAAAAAUCCCUAUAUAAAUUCAAGUGCUCAUAUAAUUGCCAAUAUUAAUUUACACAGAACCCCUUAUAUAAGUGGUAACAUAUGUAUAAGUGUUAAUAUAUAUAAAAAUAGUUACAUACGCUCAGGGGAUUAUUUAAUAUGUAAUAAAUAUUCACUUCAAAAUAGUUAUAUAAAUAAAAAAAAUUAUGCAAAUUUCAAUAAAAGCCAAAGCAUAUGUGUUUAUUUUGGAAGAAACUAUAAAAAAAAAAAAUUUUUUAUUGAGAACGCGUAUUUUGUCGCUUGUUUGUAUACAACUUGUAUUUUACGAGCACAUGGUAAUGGACAUAUAGCUGAGGACGCGUAUAUUGCAUCCAUUUAUUUAAUUAAUAUUGCAUGUAGAAAUAUAGAGCAAGCUAAUGGCACCAAGAAUUCGAUAGAUAAUGGUGUAUGCACUAAAUUUUGUGCACAUAUCAACAUUUGGAUAUAUAUGCUUUUUUGUGGAAUGCACGAAACCAUUAAAGGAAAAGAAAUUAAUGAAAAUUUUACAAAAUUUAAGUGUAAUAAUUCAAAUAAUACUAUAAAUAAAUGUAAAAAAAUUAAUGAUAUUUAUAGAUACAUUAUAAGUGUAUACUAUGUAGGAAUACAAUGUAAAAAAGCCUUGGAAAAUAUCAAUGUUUAUGUGAGAAUACUUAUUAAAAAUAAUAAAGGUCGACUUAAAGACAUUAAAAAACUUAACGAUACCGCCAAAACAACAAAAAAAAAUAAAAUAAAAACAAAGGAAUUGCAUAAAAUUUUAUUAAAACAUGUAAAAAUAGCUAGUCAUGCAUUCAAAAAAAAAAAAAAUAUUGUUAAAUUAUUGUAUGCACAUAUAAUAUUAAAAAAAAAAAUCCAUACAAAUAAAAAAUAUUUUUUUUUAAAUUAUUUAAAUAAAAAUUUAUAUAAAUUUAAUAAAUUAUUUAAAGUUGAAGAUAAUUUUAUAAUUAAAUAUAGAUAUAUUUUUAUUUAUUAUAAAAUAUUUAUUUUUAUAUUAAAGGUUAUCUUAAAUUACACUAAUUUACACCCAAACCCUACAAAAACUGUGAAUACUUAUAUUUCGCAUAAAAAAAACAUAAAAUAUUAUUCAUGCAUAUUUAUUAUAUAUUAUUACAUUAAAAACAUUUACAUUAAUUUUUUUAUUUUGUUUGAAAAUUUGGAAAUACUUUCAAAAAUAUUCUCAUUUUUGUAUGGAUUAAAUCCAGAAAAGUAUUUUACCAAGAAUUCAAAUAUUCUUCAUGUGUUUAUUUCAUUUUGCAUUACAUUAUAUACACAUUACAUAUAUUAUACUCUUAAUAAUUUUUUACUUACAUAUAUUACCUGUUUAUUGAGCUCUACAACAUUAUGCCCUUUAUGCUUUAAAUAUUGUGGCAUACCAAUUAAUAAUUUAAUUGUUUUAGUUACCAUAUUUAUAAGAUCAAAGGAGAAUUUAGUUUUAUUCAUAAAACAAAGCAUAAUAUAUAUAUAUUUUUUUAGAAGAAGCAUUAUUAUAGCUUUUUUAGAGCAUAUCAUUUAUGUACAUUUCAUAAUAUAUAUACAUCAGUUUAAUUACUUUACAUUUUUUAUUUUGAACUAUUGUAAUGUUUAUGAUUCUAAAAUCAUUUCAUACAAUAGAUAUUGCAUUUUUCAUAGAAAUACUAAUAUAAGUAUUUGUUUAUAUUAUAUAUAUAUUUAUUUUAUUUAUUAUUUGGAAUAUAUUUCGAAUAUACUCAAGGAAUAUCGUUUAACGUGGUUUCGGUUAUUUGCGUUCAUAAUGUUGUCACAAAUAAUUGAAGAUAGUAUAUCGCUUGCAAAACAAGCGUAUGUUACCUUAUCGAAAAUCCCGUUGAGUAUAUAUAAGUCCUUAAGAGCUAGGCGAAAUGAAAGAAACGUUUCUACAAGUGAUUCUUACGAUUCCAGAAAGCAUGUUAACAGACAUGGUAAAAAUCGUAUUAGAAAGCGCGAUAGAAAUUGUAUUGAGAAAAAGAAUUUGGAUAGUUCUUUUAGAGAAAAGUUCGAUAAAAAUCGAAGGGAUAUAUUUGAAACAGUAGUUCGAAGGGCUAAUGUCUCAAAAUCUCGUAUUGUUGAUGAUUAUUUUAGUACUCGCAAUGUAUUUAAGAAAUGCUCACUAAAGCACAAAAAAAAACGGUAUGAGAAAUGUAUUUUGUGUAAAAAGUUUUUACGAUAUGCUGUAUUAGAAAGUUAUAGCAAAGAGCAAGGCAGUGAAAUUAGCGAAAGGGAAAGUAUGAUUGUGUGUCAUUGUCCUAGAACUACUGGUGGGAAUUCUCAAUUUAGCAAAUUGAUUGACGAGAAAUUAAAAGAAACGCGUAGUAAAAUUAAACGUUUUACACCUUGUACUACGCCAAUUAAACGCGCGUUUCCAGUUGAAAAUGUUGACAUUACUGAUAUCAAUCAUUUGGGCAACCAAAAAGUUGAUGAGAACGUUAAGAAUGAUGAUAUUAGUAAGUUACCAACAAAUGGGAAAGUUAGUAGUUUUUGUAUGAGCGUUUUAAAAGAUUUGAAUUCUUGUACUCCAUCACGUACUACAAAGGCUGUAGAUUCACAUGACCAAAGCUUAGGGGAUAUCUGUAUCGUAUCUAAUGGCAACAUUAUAUAUGCUUCAGAGAAUAGCAACAGUGAACAAGAUGAUAACGUGGAAAAUAUGAAAUGGGCAAACACUAAUGAUGAUGAUAUAAGGGGUAAGAAAAUGAAGUAUACUAUUUUUUCUAAUUUAGAUGUUUCGGAAAUUAUCGAGUUGUUGAAUAGGAAACCAAGUAACACAAUUGUUAAGAAAGACAAAGCACAAUCCAAUAAGGAGGAUUUACAUGAAAUAGAACAAAGUGGUAUUUCAAAACAGUUGUGUGACCAAGUACCUAAUACGAAGCAUCACAUAGUAGGUGGAAAAAGCUGUGAGAAAUUAGAAAGAAAGAGAAAGUUGAAGAAAUCCGUUGUUGUGGUGGAUACGGUUUCUAAAGAUAGUGUUUGUAAAGAAUCAAAUCGCUCAUGUCAAAGUUCUGGUAGUUCGUUACGUCGUUCUAAGAGAGGAAAGAAAGGAUCAAGAAAGUCGUCGUCAUCGAAUUAUAAUAGUGGUAGUAAUCGUGCUGAAAAAUCAAAAGGAUUAGAAAAAAAGAAAAAUUUUAAGAAUUACAGUAUGCAGAAUAGAUCGAAUGCUUCAAAAAAACGUCAUUUUACUAAAAAGUUACCUGUCUCGCAAAAUCCUAAAACUGUUAAGAAAGUUGGAAUUUCAGAAUCUCCCCCAGUUUCUGAAUCCGAUAGCAAAAAUGAAGUUAUGAAAAAGGCCAAAAUUAUGAAACAUAAUAGUAAUUCUGAAGGAUCAAUAACUUCUUAUGAAAAUGGUGCGAAUGAAAAAGCUGUAGUUGGAAAUGUAGUUUUAGUAGCUGAUCACUUUAAGUUAUCUAACAAAACAAUAACGCUAGGAAGUAGUACGAUAACAGGAAAAAGUAUAUCUUUGGAAGCAUAUCAAAAAGACAUUUUGGGACGUAAAAAGUUAGAGAAAGAAAGUGCAAAUGUUAAGGAAGUAGUUGAGAGUGAAAUUGUUAGAGAUAAUGAAUUUGUUAGUAAUAUUGAAGUUGUUAAUAGCAAUGGAUUUAAUAGUGACAAUGAAAUUAUUGAUAACAAUGGUGUUGUUAGUGGAAGUAAGUAUGCUGAAGAGGCUGAUAGCAAGGACAAAAUUGUUAGUAUGAAUGAAGUUGUUAAUAGCAAUGGAUUUAAUAUUAAUAAUUAUGUCGCUAGUGGAAAUGAAUAUGCUGAAAAAGUUUAUACCAAGGACGAAGUUGUUAAUGAAAGUGAAUAUGCUGAAGAGGCUUGUAGCAAGGACAAAAUUGUUAGUAUUAUUGAAGUUGUUAAUAGCAAUGAAUUUAAUGUUAACAAUGAUGUCGCUAGUGAAAAUGAAUAUUCUGAAAAUGUUUAUGGCAAGGAGGAUGUUGUUAGUGGAAGUGAGUAUGCUGAAGAGGCUUGUAGCAAGGACAAAAUUGUUAGUAUUAUUGAAGUUGUUAAUAGCAAUGAAUUUAAUAUUAAUAAUUAUGUUGCUAGUGGAGAUGAGUAUGUUGAUGAGGCUGAUAGUAUGGAGGAAGUUGUUAGUGGAAGUGAGUAUGCUGAAGAGGCUGAUAGCAAGGACAAAAUUGUUAGUAUUAUUGAAGUUGUUAAUAACAAUGGAUUUAAUAUUAACAAUUAUGUCGCUAGUGGAAAUGAGUAUGAUGAAAAAGUUUACGGCAGGGAGGAAGUUGUUAGUGGAGAUGAGUAUGUUGAUGAGGCUGAUAGCAAGGACGGAAAUGUUAGUAUUAUUGAAGUUGUUAAUAGCGAUGAAUUUAAUAUUAAUAAUUAUGUCGCUAGUGGAGAUGAGUAUGUUGAUGAGGCUGAUAGUGGAAGUGAGUAUGCUGAAGAGGCUGAUAGCAAGGACAAAAUUGUUAGUAUGAAUGAAGUUGUUAAUAGCAAUGAAUUUAAUAUUAAUAAUUAUGUCGCUAGUGGAAGUGAAGUUGCUAGAGAUAAUGAAGUUGCUGUUGAGAAUGGAGUUAUUUAUAAUGAAGUUGUUAUUUAUAACGAAUUUGUUAAUGGAGUUAGAGUUGUUAGUAACAAUGGAUUUAUUAAUAACAAUGAAGUUAUUAAUAGUAAUGAACUUAUUUAUAACAAUGGAGUUGAUAGUGUAAAUGCUGUUGUUGAAGAGCCUGAUAACAAGGACGAAGUUGCUAGUAUUAUUGAAGUUGCUAAUAGUAAUGAAUUUAAUAGUGACAAUGAAAUUAUUGAUAACAAUGAUGUUGCUAGUAAAAGUGAAUAUGCUGAAGAGGCUGAUAGCAAGGACGAAACUGUUAGUAUUAUUGAAGUUGUUAAUAGCAAUGAAUUUAAUAUUAAUAAUUAUGUCGCUAGUGGAAGUGAAUAUGUUGAUGAGUAUGAUAGUAAGGACGAAUUUGUUAGUGGAAGUGAAUAUGCUGAAGAGGCUGAUAGCAAGGACGGAAAUGUUAGUAUUAUUGAAGUUGUUAAUAGCAAUGAAUUUAAUAUUAAUAAUUAUGUCGCUAGUGGAAUUGAAGUUGUUAGAGAUAAUGAAGUUGUUGUUGAGAAUGAAUUUAUUAAAGAUAAUGAAGUUGUUAUUUGUAAUGAAGUUGUUAGUGAAAGUGAAGUUGUUAAUGGAGUUAAAGUUGUUAGUAACAAUGAAUUUAUCGAUAAUAAUGAAGUUAUUAAUAACAAUGAAUUUAUUUAUAACAAUGGGGUUGUUGGAAAUUUUUAUAGCGAGAACAAAGUUGUUAGAGAUAAUGGAUUUGUUAGUAAUAUUGGAUUUGGUAAUAGCAAUGGAUUUAAUAUUGGUAAUGACGUUGUUAGUGGAAGUUGGUGUGUUGGAGAUAAUGAAGUUGAUAAUAAUAAUAAAGUUGUUAAUUAUAAUGGAUUUAUUUAUAAUAAUGAAGUUUAUAAUAACGAAAUUGUUAAUAAUAAUGAAUUUGUUAAUAAUAAUGGAUUUAUUUAUAAUGAUGUUAGAGAUCAUGAAGUUGUUAAUAAUGAUGUAGUUUUUUAUAAUGAUGAAGUUGUUAGAGAUAAUGGAUUUAUUUAUAAUAAUGAAGUUGUUAAUAAUAAUGUAGUUUUUUAUAAUGAUGAAAUUGUUAGAGAUAAUGGAUUUUUUUAUAAUGAUGAAGUUAAUAAUAAUGAAGUUGUUAAUAAUAAUGAAGUUGUUAGUGACAAUGAAGUUGUUAGUGACAGUGAAUUUAUUUAUAAUAAUGAAGUUGUUAAUAACAAUGAAGUUUAUAAUGGUGAAGUUGUUAAUAAUAAUGAAGCUGUUCAAAAUGGAGUUAUUAAAAAUUACGGACUUAUGUAUAAUAAUGAAACUGUUACUAAUAAUGGAUUUAUUAGUAUUAGUCAAUCUUCUUAUAAUGAUGUAAUGGGUAAUUGCCGUAAACUUUUUAGUAAUAAUAAGAGUUAUGACUUUGGCUUUCUUAAUAAUGUUGCUGUUAAGACCGGGAAACGUGCCUGUGAAAGUGGUUAUGCUGGUGAUAAUGAAAGUAGGAAUAAGAUGAGAUAUAUUAAUAACGACGAAUAUAGUAGUGAAGGUGAGUAUUAUAGUGAUAGUGAUAAUGAUAGUGAUAAAGAUAGUGAUAAAGAUAGUAAUAAAGAUAGUGAUAAAGAUAGUGAUAAAGAUAGUGAUAAUGAUAGUGAUAGUGUAGGAUCUAGGACUCCUAGGCAUAACGAACUUUUUACUCCACCUCAAUCUCCUAAUGUUGAUGAUGAGAAGUAUAUGAAAAAUGAUAAGUAUGAUAGACAUAGCCGUAUGGAUAAAUAUUAUUCAGAAUAUAAUUAUAAUGAUGGGGAAAUAUUUAAUGAAAGUUUUAAAUUAAAAAGAAAUGAUGACAGUAAAAAAAUAGACGAGGAAAGCGAAAAAGAGGAAAGCGAAAAAGAGGAAAGUGAAAAAGAGGAAAGUGAAAAAGAAGAAAGCGAGGAAGAGACAGGUGAUAACAUAAUUGACGAAAAUCAUCCUCUUGUUAAAAAUAACGUACACGUAAACAAUUUAUCACGGGAUGAACACCGUGCAUUACUUGAAUAUUAUGGAGGAACACUACCAGAGCGAUACUACGAUACGAAAUAUUUUGUAAACCCAUAUAAGACGAAUGAUGAAUCUUCAGAGGAAGAACCAGAUAGCUCUAAUUUAUUUUUAGGAUCUUUUGAGAUUCCUAAGGAACCAGAAGUUAAAGUUAAUCCAUUUUUAGGAUCAAACAAUAAAAAUUUUAGUAGUUCCUUUUUUCCAUCAAGUUUUUUUAAUUCAGAUAAGUCUACUACUACUGAUGAAGCACUUACAAAGGAUAAUGAUGAGAAAGAUGCUGUAGAUACACCUGUAGAAGAUAAAGAGUGUAGUUUGGAUAUAGUGAAAGUUAAUAGUGACGAAAAAGAAAAAGUUGAACCACUAGAAUCAUUAAAUGAUAAUGAUGACUCAGUUAAUGGCGAAUCUAUUAAUAAUGUAAUAGAAAGUGAUAAAGAACAAGCGGUUCAAGUUCAAGAAAACGAACAAAUUGAGUUAUCAAAAUCAUUAAGUGACAAUAGUGACUUAGUUAAUGACAUAGAUGUUAAUAAUGUAGUAGAAAGUGAAAAAGAACAAGCGGUUCAAGUUCAAGAAAACGAACAAAUUGAGUUAUUAAAAUCAUUAAGUGAUAAUAAUGACUUAGUUAAUGACAUAGAUGUUGAUAGUGAAAUAGAAAAUGAAAAAGAAAAAAGAAUGUUACGUAAAAGACAUAUGAUAUUUGAUGAACCAUCACAAGGAAUUGUUAAGAAAUUUAGAUUAUCAAAUAAUAAUAUAAACAGUAGUAGUAUUGACAGUAGUAAUAUAAAAAAUAAUAAGAUAGUAGAAGAGAAAUAUGAGUAUAUUACUAAAUCUGAAAAAGAAAAAAAACUUGAAAUAUCUGAGAGCGCCAGACGUAUUAAUUUAUUUGAUUUAAUUGUUAAAAAGUAUAAUGAAGUUAUAUCUUGUAAUGAAAAACAUGAAUAUGUUCAUGUAGCAGAGGAACAAAAUGAGGAAAUUACUAAAUAUGGAGGAAAAGAACUUGAUAUAUUUAAAGAAAAGAAAUUUGAUACAUUUAAAGAAAAGAAAUUUGAUACAUUUAAAGAAAAAGAACUUGAUAUUUUUAAAGAAAAAAAACAUGAUGCAGUUAAGGAAAAAAAACACGAUGCAGUUAAGGAAAAAAAACAUGAUGCAGUUAAGGAAAAAAAAUGUAUUAAUUUGUACGAUUUAAUUGUUAAGAACAAUAAUGACCUUAUGUCUAGUAGUGAAAAAUAUGAAUACGUUGAUGUAGCAGAGGAACAAAAUGAACAAGUAAUUCAAGAAGAGGUUGAAUUUCAACAACCAACAUUAGUUAAUGAGAAUGAAAACAUGAUGAAUUUUAAUACUAUAUAUAAUAAUGAUACUACAGACGAACAUACAAGUUUUAUUAAUGAAGUAUUUCCCAAUCCUCAAUUAUAUGCGUUCGAUAAUGAAAUAUAUCAAAAUAGAGAAAUAUAUAACUAUGAUCAAAUGUAUCAAGAUAGAGAAAUAUAUAACUAUGAUCAAAUAUAUCAAAAUAGAGAAAUAUAUAACUAUGAUCAAAUAUUCUCAAAUGGUGAAAUAUGUACUCCUAAACAAGGAUACUUUAAAAAUAACGAAGAAUAUUCAUUAAGUGAAACAUCAUCAAAUAGUGAAGUAUAUUCAUCUGAACAUGAAAUAGAACAAAAUGAUGAAGUAUAUUCACUAAGCGGAAUAUUCUCAGAUAAUGAAAUACGUUCAUCUGAACAUGAAAUAGAACAAAGUGAUGAAGUAUAUUCAUUAAAUGGGAUAUUCUCAGACAAUGUAGAUAAUAAUAAGCGCGAAAUGGAAACAAAUGACGGAAUUUAUUCACUUAAUGAAGUUCAAGAAUGCAAUAAAGAUAUAAAAGAAUUGCCAGUUGUAUCUAACUUAUCUUCUAAAUUAGCUAAACCAGAGAAAAAAAAUCUAAAGAAAAAAGAGAAAAAAGAGAAAAAAAAUCUAAAGAAAAAAGAAAAAAAAGAAAAAAAAGAAAAAAAAAGUCUAAAGAAAAAAGAAAAAGAAGAUUUAAAUUCAAUGGAACAGGUACUUAACGAGGAACCUAAAACAAAAAAAAAGCUUACAAAAAAGAUACUGAAAAAAACUGUAGACACAAAUGCUUUAUUUGCAUCAUCGGACAGCGAUAUGUCAUCAUCUGAUAGUAGUGCAUCUCCCUGCAGAAAACAACCACAUAUACCUCGAGAUGAUUCUUCAUCAGAUGAUGAAACUAAUGCCGGGCAAUUAAUAUCUACACAAAAAAAAAGCGCAAUUGCAAUGAAAGAAUUAUUUGUAUUACCACCUACUUCUAUGGUAGUAGAAAAUACUUUAGUACUACAAGAAAAAAUAUUCACAAGCCAAGUUACAUUACAUAAAGAUAUUUGUAGAGAGAACUAUUACCAAAAGGGUCAAAAAAUUGAAAAAAAGGAAUCAAUAUGUAACACUACGAAAGUGAAUAUGAUACACAAAAAUGUAGAGAACACAAGUACUAAAUUAGCAAAUACAAAAAUUAUUCAAAUGCUUAUUAGACUGACAAAUUCCAAAAUUAUUAAAAUGGUUGUUAAAUUUGCAAAAGCCAAAAUUACUCAAAUGUUUAUUAAAUCGCCAAAUAACCAAAUUAGUCAAAUACCUGUUAAAUCAUCAAAUACAGAAAUAAUCCAAAUGCCUAUUAAAUCAUCAAAUACAGAAAUUACAGAAAUGCCUACCAAAUCAGAACAUACAGAAAUCAUCCAAAUGAUUAAAUCAGAAAAAACAGAACAUACAGAAAAAGCAGAAAAUACAGAACAUACAGAAAAAACAGAAAUUACAGAACAUACAGAAAAAACAGAAAUUACAGAACAUACAGAAAAAGCAGAACAUACAGAAAUCAUCCAAAUGAUUAAAUCAGAAAAUACAGAACAUACAGAAAAAGCAGAACAUACAGAAAUCAUCCAAAUGAUUAAAUCAGAAAAUACAGAACAUACAGAAAAAGCAGAACAUACAGAAAAAGCAGAACAUACAGAAAUCAUCCAAAUGAUUAAAUCAGAAAAUACAGAACAUACAGAAAAAGCAGAACAUACAGAAAUCAUCCAAAUGAUUAAAUCAGAAAAAGCAGAAAAUACAGAACAUACAGAAAAAGCAGAAAAAACAGAACAUACAGAAAUCAUCCAAAUGAUUAAAUCAGAACAUACAGAACAUACAGAAAAAGCAGAAAAAACAGAACAUACAGAAAAAGCAGAACAUACAGAAAAAGCAGAAAAAACAGAACAUACAGAACAUACAGAAAAAGCAGAAAAAACAGAACAUACAGAACAUACAGAAAAAGCAGAAAAAACAGAACAUACAGAAAUCAUCCAAAUGAUUAAAUCAGAAAAUACAGAACAUACAGAAAAAGCAGAAAAAACAGAACAUACAGAAAAAGCAGAAAAAACAGAACAUACAGAAAAAGCAGAACAUACAGAAAAAGCAGAAAAAACAGAAAUCAUCCAAAUGAUUAAAUCAGAAAAAACAGAAAAAGCAGAACAUACAGAAAUCAUCCAAAUGAUUAAAUCAGAAAAUACAGAACAUACAGAAAAAGCAGAAAAAACAGAACAUACAGAAAAAGCAGAACAUACAGAAAAAGCAGAAAAAACAGAACAUACAGAAAAAGCAGAACAUACAGAAAAAGCAGAACAUACAGAAAAAGCAGAAAAAACAGAACAUACAGAAAAAACAGAAAAAGCAGAACAUACCGAAAAAACAGAAAAAGCAGAAAAAACAGAACAUACAGAAAAAACAGAAAUGCCUGCCAAAUCAGAACAUACAGAAAUGCCUACCAAAUCAGAACAUACAGAAAAAGCAGAAAAUACAGAACAUACAGCACAUACUAAAAUAAUUAAAAUGCCUACUAAAUCACCAAAUACUAAAAUAAUUAAAAUGCCUACUAAAUCACCAAAUACUAAAAUUACUCAAAUAUAUGCUUUUCAAAAAGAAAUGAAAGAAUCAAAUAAAGAGAUAAGAAAGAAUAGAUUAAAUAAAUAUUAUAAUGUAUAUAAUACAGCAACUAAGUUAUUUGAAACAUAUUUCAAAAGAAAUACUUUAAAAACUUCUUAUUUUUUUAAGAAGGUUAUUGAUACUAAACAAAAUUGGAUUUAUAAGAAAAGUGUUGUUGUUAAGGAGUGGAGCAAGGGAAAAGUAUUGAGGACAAUGAUUUCUCAUUCCAUUAAGGACGUACGUAACGCAUCCACAAACAGCAAAGGGAUCCAUACCGAGAAUAACGAUACCAAAGAUGACGUUGUUUUAAUAUCUAUUGGAACUCAGUGUUGUUAUAUUUCUGAAAGAUUGUUAUGUUAUGAAGAAGAAGGGAUCCCUGUGAAAAAGUACGGUUUGAAAGAUAUUUGCAAUUAUUAUAGGUCCAAAACUAUUUUUGAGCUAAAACUCAAUCUAACUUCUUAUCCAUUUAAAUCGUUUAUUACAUCUACAUUUGUUUAUAACUCGUUACUGACUAAGCUAGCUAAAACUUCUAAUAUAUGUUCAUUCGUUUAUAAUGCAUCACCCAGUGUACAAGACAAACUGUUUAUUACAUCUACAUCUGUUUAUAAUACAUCACCCAUUGUGCACACCAAAAUGUUUAUUACAUCUACAUCUGUUUAUAAUACAUCACCCAUUGUACACGCCAAAAUGUUUAUUACAUCUACAUCUGUUUAUAAUACAUCACCCAUUGUGCACACCAAAAUGUUUAUUACAUCUACAUCUGUUUAUAAUAUGUCCCUAAAUAUGCUAGCUUUAUCUUCUAAUAAAUAUGUGUCUGUUUAUAAUACAUUACUAUCUAAUGCUUCUGAUCUAUAUAGUUGCAAAUGUCCUAAAACAUAUUUUGAACAGUAUAUCCUAACUGAUGAUGUGAUAGUUUCUAAGGAAUUUAGCAAUGUUACAGAGAAAAUAGAUAAAAAACAACCUAUCUCUUUGGAUCAAUAUUCUCACAUGGAGAAACUUUCUGUUAUGGAUCGCAAAUACAAUAUUGAGGUGGGUACAAUGAGUACUCAUUUAAUCAAUACCAACCCAAGUUUUACAACUGAGCAAUAUAUACCUACUUAUGAAUACAAGCUUGUGGAAAUAUCAGUAACAACCGAGCAAAAUACCAUGUUAAAUAAUAUUACAUGGUUCACUACUAUCAAUAAAUCAAAUAACGCAAACGAUUUCAAAGAAUAUACAUUUAUAACCAAGUCAAAAAAAUUUUAUAAGCAGAAAAAAAAAAAAAAGAAGAAAAAAAAAGAACGAUUUGAAGAGAAAAAUGAAAGAACAAUAGAAAAAAAAGAACGAUUUGAAGAGAAAAAUGAAAGAACAAUAGAAAACAAAGAACGAUUUGAAGAGAAAAACGAAAGAACAAUAGAAAAAAAAGAACGAUUUGAAGAGAAAAACGAAAGAACAAUAGAAAAAAGUAUAGACAACAAAACAUGGAAUGAUACAAAAGACCCAAAAGGUCCAAAUAGUGUAAUAAUAGGUGAUGAAAAAAAAGAGAUAAAACUUGAACAACUUAUAUCAAUGGUAAAUUAUUAUUGCUGGUAUGUGAAUAUUUCGGAAAAUUUUAUUAAAAGUAUUAUUGCCACAUAUAGCUCAAUAGAUUACAAAAGUAUGGGACACAAUAUAUGUAUUAGAAAUAUUAUUGUUAUAUUUAUUUCAUUUAUCAAAAUGAAUAGAUAUAACAUAUUGUACUUUCUCAACGUAUUAGGAGGGUCAGUUUAUUACUUCCAAGCAAUUUUUCAGAGAACAAUAGAAAUGGAAAUGUCAACAGAUAAAGGAACAGGUAAGCAGACAAUUGGAAGUACUAUAGAAAAUCUAUAUGAAAAAGGAACAGGUAAGCAGACAAUUGGAAGUAUAAGAGAAAGUCGAUAUGACAAAGGAACAGGUAAGCAGACAAUUGGAAGUACUAUAGAAAUUCUAUAUGACAAAGGAACAGGUAAGCAGACAAUUGGAAGUAUGAGAGAAAAUCUGUAUGACAAAGGAACAGGUAAGCAGACACUUGGAAGUAUGAGAGAAAAUCUGUAUGACAAAGGAACAGGUAAGCAGAGGCUUGGAAGUAUUAGUCCUCCUAAUAGCGUUGAGGAAAGUGAUAGUGGCAAUAAUAUUACAGAAAGGCAAACAUAUAUUAAAGAAAAAAGUGAAGAAAAUGAUGACGAAUAUGAAGAAGGGGAUGGUGUAAUGGAAAGACAUAGUAGCAUACUAAUUCAUAGGGGGAUAAGAAGUAAAAAAUUAGUAGAUUAUUCUUUAUAUAAUACUUAUGCAAAAUCAUCAUUUUUACAAUGUGCAGAGCAAGCCGAUAAUCAUUUUAUUGGAAAUUAUUUAGGUAGAUAUAAUGAUGCAAAUUUUCUUCACUUAAGGCAAAAAGUAAAAUUAUGUUUAUGUAGAACAUUUGGGCACAUAAGAAACACAUGCGAGACAUGUGUAUUACAUUUUACGCAUUUAAUAUUCGAUUUAUAUAUAAGUAGGUUUAAUAAUAAGAAAGAACUAAUACAGAGCAUUAUUAAUGAUAUACAUUUGAACGAAAGGCAAUACUCAGACGUUAUGAUACAAUUACUAAAGCAGCAUUAUCCAACAAUGUAUCAAGAAUACUUAGAUAAAGAAGAGCUAAAACAACAAUACAUUCCUUUAUACAGAACUUUAUUUGAGUCAACAGAUUUAAUAUAUCAUUUUAUAGGUAUUAUAUGUUUAUUCAUAUCACAAAAAUACUUUAACUACAAAACAACAUCUAUCAUAAUAAUAGCAAAAUCAUACUGCAGAAGUCAUCUGGAAGGACUGAAAAGAGUCUAUUCAACAAACAACGAGGUAAUUAAGGAUGUAUCUCCAGAUUAUUAUUCUGCAGCUAAAUACAUGGGGGCUGCAUUUACACAUGGUAGUAUAAGUAAAAGAUUUGCAUUAGAUUUAGAGAUCGCUCUUUUAAAAAAAUUAAACUAUGAUUUAUCAAUACCUACGGCAUACAGUUUACUAGACAGUUUAUUAAAAUCGAAUAAGAAUAUAAAUUUUUCAAAAUUGGAAAGAAAUUAUAAUUUGGUAGAAGGCGAAAUAUUAUUAAGAAUGGCAGGCAUUGACAACUCUUUUUUAAAAUACAAAUCAUCGACUUUAUCUAUGGCUAUAUAUGAAAUUUUGAACUUUAAUAUAUGUAAGGACAUAAUGCAAAGGGAACUAUCAGACUUUACAAAGGCAAAGGCACACAAUGAACUAAAGGAAAAAAAUGAAAGGAUGAAACAGCAACUAUUUUUGGAAAAUGAAAUAAGAGAGGAACUUAAAAGAAAAGAAAGAGGACUAAUUAUUGCUGAGGAGGAGGACCGAUUUAUUGUUGCAUCUCAAUAUACAAAUGAAAAGGACAACUUACAUAUAUACUUAAAAAAUGCUAUAGUAAAAAUUUGCGAUGCAGUUGAUCAGAAAAUACCCAGAAAUUAUUACAAAUCACAGUAUCAUAUUACAGAACAAAUAGGUAGGCACAUUAAAUAUUUUAAUAAAGGCAAAAAAAGGUAUUUAAAAAAAUUAAUUAAUAGGAGUAAAGGCAAAUCAAAGACAGAAUUGGCUAAUAAAAAUGAUGAAAUGGCAUUUGGAAAUAUAUUUAAUGAUGAUGAAACAGGGUAUCGUGGCAAUGGAGAAAAGGAACUUGGCAAUAAUGAAAUAGGAGAUAAAUCAGAAUACUGUGAUGAAAAUAGGAAAAUGAAAAAUGAUAAGGAUAAAGAAAAAGAAAUAGAACAACAUAAAAUCAAAAAUGAAAAGAAAGCGAACAUGUUCUAUAAGGCGAAAAAAAAAAUAUUAAGGAUUAUAAAGAAAUUAACAAAGAAAUUAAAAAAAAUAAAGUAUUCUGAUAUCCCUAUUAAAUAUUGUACUUCGUAUGUAUUAUAUGGAAAAGAUUUAAAAAUAUAUGUAAAGAAACAUAAAGGACAUUAUCAUGAUAAGGAAAAUAUAAUGAGAUCGGAAAAUGAAAAUAUGAAAGAUAAAGAACAACAAAAUUCGGAAAAUAAUACAUACGAAGGGUUAUCAGAAGGAAGUUCCUUAAAAAAAAAAAUAAAUAAAGGUUAUAUAAUAGGGUCAAAGACUGAAUCGACAGAUGAACAUUUGGUAUAUUAUUACAAUUAUAUAAGUAGAUUAAGAAAUAGGCUUAUCAUAGGUUUGAAAUAUUUUAAAAAUAGAAUUAAUAACAUCAAGAAAACAGAUGUAUCAAUGAAAUUACUUAGUUUAGAACAUAUUAUUAACAAAAAAGAAAACAAGAAAGGAAAAAAUGGAAAGAGGAAUAUACGUAUCACCAAAAACAUUUCUUUAUAUAAACAGCUAUUAAAUGAAAUAAAAAUUUUGUUUCUAUGGUUUUACAAGUUAACAAAUAUUGAGAUUAGACCGUUAAUAAAAUUUUCGGAUCUAAAAUUUAUAUCUAUUGUUAAAUUGUAUGCCAAAGAAUAUUCAAAAUAUAUUAAAAACGUACUUAACGCUAAUUGUGCAAAUGAUAAUGAAACUAAAGAAAUAUCAAAUGAAAGUACUGCCCAAACUAUUAAGGAUGGUAAAGAACAUAAAGGGCAAAGUGGAAAUAUAGCGUCAAAAAAUAAUAACAUACAGGUGAUAGAAUAUAGAGAAAAUUUGGCUGAACAAAAAAUGAGUAAUAGUAAUAGCAUUGAAUAUUUUAAACCAUAUGAUCAAUCAAUUGGCGCAAGUGUAAAAAUUAAAACAUUGCAAGAUAUAUAUAUUGAAGAAGUGUCCAAAGCCAUCGAAACACAAGCAAAGAAUUAUGACUUAUUCUUAACUAAUGAUCGGAGAAUGAAAAAUAAAAAAAGAAAAAAUAAGUCAUUAGAUAUUGAGGCUAUUUCGAAAAAGAAAGAAAGGAAAUUGGUUAUGUCGAUGGCUACAAAUAUUGCGAAAAAAAAAGAAAGGAAAUUGGAUAUGUCGAUGGCUACAAAUAUUGCGAAAAGGCACUUGGGAAAAAUUAAUAGUAAUCUUGAGGAGUGUAUAUUAUCAGAAAAACAAAAGUAUCUUGACUAUGCAAAAACACUAAAUUUCUCAGAUGGUACUAGGCUUAGAAAUAUAUUUACUGAUGAAAUAAUUGCAUUAGAUCAAGAUAUAAAUACAAAUACUGAUAAUAUGUUAGAGACUGAGAAAAAUAUAUUCGAACGAGAACAACACAAAGAAAUAGAAAAGCACCACGACGAUUCGAUAUUACGACUAAAGGAAUAUGGAGAUUUUAAAGAUGAUUACAACAGUCCAGGAAUGGCUGAAAGAAGUGUAGAAAAAAAAAAUAAAAAGACAAUAUUUACACAAGGGAAUUUAGCGAAUGAUGAUAAGGACUGGAUUACUAUUAAUGACCCCGAGGUUGAUGAGUGCGCAAAAGAAUUAAUGGAAUGUUUUUUAAAAUGGAAAAACAAAAAUUUCAUAUCAAAGAAUUGGACAUAUAAUGAAUAUCCUAAGUGCAAAGAUUAUUACUUUUCUUUAGUUUUUAGUGAUUUAAAAUCGGCGAAAUCGUUAAAAGGCAUUGUAGAAAUGAUGCAUAUGAAAUACAUGCAUUUACUAAAUAUAUGUAAGGAGAUUAACAGUCAGCAAAAUGUGCUAGAGGAGGAAUGA